GGUAACGACCAGGUGCGAUUUGAACUGGCAUACUAUGCGUUAAAACCUGAUAUCGAAGUGAUCGCUCCAUGGAGAAUUCCUGAAUUUUAUGAACGCUUUCCUGGUCGUCAAGCUCUUUUAGCCUAUGCUGCUGAAAAAAAUAUCCCUGUUGUUCAAACAGUUAAAAAACCAUGGUCAACCGAUGAAAACAUGUUUCAUAUUUCGUAUGAGGCAGGAAUAUUAGAGGAUCCUUACUGCACUCCUCCAAAAGAUAUGUGGAAAUUAACCGUAGAUCCUGAAGACGCUCCAAACACUCCUGAGCGCAUUAGUGUUUCCUUUGAAAAAGGAAUACCCGUGAAAGUUGUUAACCAUGGUGAUGGAACUACAAUUACUGAUCCUUUACAGUUAUUUCUUUAUUUGAACACCGUCGCCCGUCGAAAUGGAAUAGGGAGAAUUGACAUAGUUGAAAAUCGUUUCAUUGGAAUCAAAAGCCGGGGCUGUUAUGAAACUCCUGGUGGAACUCUUUUGCGAGCUGCUCACAUCGAUUUGGAAGGUUUAGUACUCGACCGACAAGUUCGGUCUUUGAGAGAUCAAUUUAUUACUCCUCAGUUCUCGCAAUUAUUGUAUAAUGGUCAAUAUUAUUCGCCAGAGUGCGAAUUUUUGUCCGCUUCCCUCCUCGAAAGCCAGAAAACCGUUACUGGCGAAGUCAAGUUAAAACUUUAUAAGGGAAAUGUGAUUAUUGAAGGCCGAAAAUCCGAUACUGUAAAAUUGUAUGAUAUGGAAGAAAGUUCAAUGGACGUCCAAGGUGGAUUUAGUCCCGUUGAUUCAGAUGGAUUUAUUAAAAUCCUUGGAAUUAGACUGAAAAAAUGGAAGAAGAGUGCUCUCUAA